UGCAUCGCUUCAUAAACACAAUAGGCACGCGAUUCGCUGUAGAAUCAUCCCCUCAAGUUUCGACUUUUUUUUUUCCUAAUUAAAAAAAAAUAAGAAACCAAAAAGAUUUAAAUUAGAACUAAGUGAAAAAGGAUAAUAUGAAGGAGGUUGAAAUUGAGAGCCUUGUUGUUUUCCCUUUAUCGAUUUUACUAUUAUUAUUAUUGUUCAUUCUCAUCUAUUAUUCUUUUUUUUUCUUCUUCUUACGUUUUUGUGGGCUAAUAAGUUUAUAGUUAAUCUAAAGGGUGUUAUUUUGUUUUUGUGGAAAGCCCUAAUUUUCGUUUUUGUGUGUUGUUAUUGUUCUAUCCUCUCUGUUUGGUGUUCUUGCGGCCGUGUUUCUGGGUCUCUCUCUCUGUUUGUUCAAUCUUUUCAUGGAGAUGGGUUCUGAUGAAGAAGAUCAGAUCAAGAAUGGUAGCGAGAAUAAGAAGAAAAAGAUUGAUACUUUGAAUAACAACAAGAAGCGUCAGAUGAAAACUCCCUUUCAACUCCAAACUCUGGAGAAAGUUUAUUCAGAGGAAACGUAUCCGUCGGAGGCGACGAGGGCUGAGUUGUCUGUGAAAUUGGAUUUGUCCGAUAGACAGUUACAGAUGUGGUUUUGUCAUAGGAGGUUAAAGGACAAGAAGGAUGGCCAGGCCAAGAAACCGGCUGCUCCUCCUCCUCCUGCUGCUGCUGCUUUGUCGUCGCUUAACGAGUUACCGGCUGCUGGUGAUAGAUCUGGUUUGGGUUCUGGCUCAGGCUCAGGCUGCAGCCCUUAUUCUGAGCCUAGGAGGAAUUUCGCGGGCGGUAGCAGUAGCUCUCGAGAUGAGGUGGAUGAAUACGAGCAGCCACGGCUGUCUGCCAUGGUUCGUAGAGCUGUUGCCUGCAUUGAGGGUCAGUUAGGGGAGCCACUGAGAGAGGAUGGACCGGUUCUUGGCAUGGAGUUUGAUCCGUUGCCUCCUGGUGCAUUUGGAACACCCAUAGGAAUGGAGGAGCACCAAGGUCAUCCAUAUGAGAGCAAAAUGUAUGAGCCACAUGAUGUCCGACCUCGAAGACCUGUUGCUCGUUCUUUCCAUGCUCAACAAUCACUGGAUGAUCCGUCUUCCUACACACCUGAGAUGUAUGGGCGGUACUCUGAGAGUCAAGCACGUGGUAAUGGGCGGUCCUAUGGUAUCCAUGGAAAUGCAUCUUUGAAUUGUUCUACAUCUCAACAAGACAUGCCUAGCCCCAUUGUCCCAUCAGCUCAUGGUGAUAGCUUCCUGAUGGAGAGAAAGAUUAACGAUGGUAGAGUCGGAAGAGGGAGUGGACAGAAAGAUCCUGAGAAAGUAGAAGUUCAGAGGAAAAAGUAUGAAGAACGCAUGAGAAAGGAGAUGGAAAGACAUGAACGUGAGAGGCGUAAAGAAGAAGAGAGGCUGAUGCGUGAAAGAAUAAAAGAAGAGGAGAAGUUACAGCGUGAACAUAGACGUGAAGUGGAAAGAAGAGAAAAGUUUCUACAGAGAGAAAAUGAACGUGCGGAGAAACAGAAGCAAAAAGAUGAGAUUCGACGGGAGAGAGAUGCUAUAAGACGCAAGAUUGCCAUUGAGAAGGCAACUGCACGUAGAAUUGCUAGAGAGUCUAUGGAUCUAAUCGAAGACGAGCAGCUAGAGCUGAUGGAUUUGGCUGCUACUAGCAAAGGAUUACCCUCGGUAUUGCAGCUUGAUCAUGAUACGUUGCAAAACCUUGAACUGUAUAGAGAUUCUUUGAGCACAUUUCCACCAAAGGCUUUGCAACUAAAAAUGCCGUUUACCAUCUCUCCAUGGAAGGAUUCUGAGGAAAAUGUUGGAAACCUUCUAAUGGUUUGGAGAUUCCUAAUAUCAUUUUCUGAUGUUCUAGACCUAUGGCCUUUUACCCUGGAUGAGUUUAUUCAGGCUUUCCAUGACUAUGACUCAAGAUUGCUGGGGGAGAUACAUAUUACUCUUCUGAGAUCAAUAAUACGAGACAUUGAACAUGUUGCUAGAACACCUUAUAGUGGAAUCGGAAAUAACCAAUAUACCACAGCCAAUCCUGAGGGUGGUCAUCCGCAUAUUGUUGAAGGGGCUUAUGCAUGGGGCUUUGACAUUAGUAGUUGGAAAAAGCAUUUGAACCCACUAACAUGGCCUGAGAUUCUCCGCCAGUUGGCACUCUCUAGUGGAUUUGGACCUAAGCUUAAGAAGAAAAGUUCCCAUGUGACACAAACUGCUCACAAGGAUGAGACUAAAGGUUGUGAAGAUAUUAUUUCUACUAUUCGAAGUGGUUCAGCAGCUGAAACUGCUUUUGCAUCAAUGCUGGAGAAAGGGUUGAUGGCUCCGCGCAAGUCGAGGCAUCGUUUGACACCUGGAACUGUCAAAUUUGCAGCCUUGCAUGUUCUCUCUCUUGAGGGAAGCAAGGGACUAACACUAUUAGAACUUGCCGACAAGAUUCAGAAAUCUGGACUUCGGGAUUUGUCGACAAGCAAGACGCCAGAGGCUUCUAUCUCCGUUGCAUUGACGAGAGAUGCGAAGCUUUUCGAAAGAAUAGCGCCUUGUACUUAUUGUGUACGAGCGCCUUAUGUGAAGGACCCUGCGGAUGGAGAGGCAAUACUCGCAGAGGCUAGGAAGAAGAUAAGGGCAUUCGAAAAUGGAUUGACAGGUCCGGAAGAUUUGAAUGAUCUUGAAAGAGAUGAAGACUUUGAAUGUGAUGUUGAUGAGGAACCUGAGGUUGAUGAUUUAGUCACUCUGGCUAGUGCCUCAAAUGGUAAUGAUCUCGGUGUAGCAAAUGGUUUGUCUGGAAAGGGAGGAGAUGAUAUGUCCUGUGAUGUUAAAGCAGACGUUAAUAAUGAGGCUGAGAAGGAAUUUUCUCCUCCUCCAAGCAGUAUUAAGAGCAUUGUUCCACAAUACCAUAGUAAAGAUUCAGCGGUUAGCUGCGUGGAUGAUACCAAUGCUGUUGUUGAAGAUAGCAACCAGGGACAAUCAUGGAUUCAAGGUCUUACAGAAGGGGAUUAUUGUCAUCUAAGUGUUGAAGAGCGCCUUGAGGCCCUUGUUGCUUUAGUCAGCAUUGUCAAUGAAGGAAAUUCCCUCAGAGCUAGUCUUGAGGAUCGUAUGGAAGCAGCAAAUUCUCUUAAAAAGCAAAUGUGGGCAGAAGCACAGUUAGAUAACAGCUGCAUGAGGGAUGUACUUAAGCUUGGUUUUCAAAACUUAUCAAGCAAUAAAACCGAAUCAACUAUGGAAGUUGUUUCGAAUGAUCUACAUAAGUCACCUGCUGAGAGAGCCUCUAUCAACCAAGAGGCCAAUACAAGUCAAGAGAACUGUUCUUUAAAGAGAUCACGCUCACAGUUAAAAUCAUAUAUAGGCGACAAAGCAGAAGAAGUGUAUCCCUACCGAUCUUUGCCGCUUGGACAGGACCGGCGCCACAACCGUUACUGGCAUUUUGCUGCAUCAGCAUCUAGAAGUGAUCCUUGCUCGGGGCUUAUAUUUGUUGAGCUCCAUGAUGGCAAAUGGCGCCUCAUUGAUUCAGAAGAGGCUUUUGACACUCUGGUUGCAUCACUGGAUAUGCGUGGGAUCAGAGAAUCUCAUUUACGCAUAAUGCUGCAGAAGAUUGAGGGAUCGUUCAAAGAGAAUGCUUGUAAGGAAAAGAGCGUUGUGAAUCAUUCUCCUGUGGAUUCCGUGAGCCCAUCCAGUGCUAUAUCAGGGUCUAAUUCUGAUUCAAUGGAAACUUCAACUUCUAUCAGAGUUGAGCUAGGGAGAAACGACAGGGAGAAGGGGAGUUUAUCAAAACGGUUCCAUGAUUUUCAGAGAUGGAUGUGGACCGAGACGUACAGCUCGCUGCCUUCUUGUGCUAGGAAACACGGGAAGAAGAGACGUGAACUGUUGGCAACAUGCGAAGUGUGUGUUGCAUCUUAUCCAUCUGAGUAUACACACUGCACUUCUUGUCGCCGGAAAUUGAACAUGGUUGAUGAUAGUUCAGAGAGGAAGAUAUUAGGUUCAGGUUUGACUGCAUCUCCUCUUCCUUUUGGAGUCAGGUUGCUGAAAGCACUACUUGUUUUUCUUGAGGCAUCUGUACCAGAUGAAGCUCUUGAAUCAUUUUGGACAGAGGACAAAAGAAAAAAUUGGGGGUUUAGGUUGAAUGCUUCAUCAUCACCUGAAGAGCUUCUGCAGGUGUUGACUUCCUUAGAGAGUGCAAUCAAGAAAGAGUAUUUGUCAUCUAAUUUUGCGUCGGCAAAGGAGCUCUUGGGAGCUACUGAUGAUUCAGGAUCAGUAGAAGUUGUUCCAUGGAUACCAAAGACAGUAUCAGCGGUUGCUUUGAGACUUUUAGACCUUGAUGCAUCCGUUAUGUACGUGAAGCCAGAGAAACCUGAGCUAAUCCCAGAAGAUGACAAGGAGGAGCAGAUUAGCUUGUUUCCUGGAAAGUCUCUUAUCAAAGGCAAAGGACACAGAGAGCAAGAAGACCAAGACGAGGUUGUUCCAAACUCGGGUAAAAAAAGUAAGAAACGAAGAGUAAGAUUUGGUUCUGUAUCAAACAGAAAGGUGAAGAGGACGAAAUUGCAAGGUGGUCCAAACAGAUUUGUCGCUGGUAGGAGCAAUGUUGAAGUGGAUAGGAACUUAGGAAGCGUCGAGUUGAACCAUCAUCAAGUCCCUGGAAGGGGAAAGAGGACGGUUAGAAAAAGACCAGAGAGGAACGACGAGGACAGUUACCGCUUAGCCAGCAGAAUGGCUGACAUUGUUAGGCCUAAUAGCGAAGAAGUUGAAGAGGAGGAGGAAGAGCAAACAUUCAGAGACAUUAAUGAAGACUGGGCUAGUGAAACACCUAAGAGAGUGAUGACGCCUAUGCAGGUGGAUGAUGAAAGUGACAACAGUGUAGGAGUUGAGUCAGAAGAUGAUGAUGAUGAGGGUCAGUUUGUGGUUUACGAUCAGAGAAACAAGUGGGGACUAGAUUGGAAUAGUAACCCGAAUGAAGCAAUGGAGGAUGAUGAAGAAGGUGUUGGGGUUGAGCGGGUUGAAAGAGAAGAUGUUGCAGAAAUGAGUGAGAGCUCUGAAGACGAUGAUGAUGCACCUGCUAAUAAUGUAGCAACAAAUAAUUACGACAGUGAAUCAGAGGAUUACAGCAGCAGCGAUUCGUGAACUGAGGUGUAGUAUGUGGAGAGGGAAAGAAGAUUACAUUCUUGAAGACAUGUUUUAUAUAUGUAGGGAGAAAAGAAAGUGAUUAGUAUCAGAAUAGGUUCUCAGUUCUCACCUAAGAGAAAAUUUUAUAUGUAUACCAGUAUUAUGCCUCUGCUAUGCAUGGACAAAAGUGAUUGUUAAAUUAUUCAUACCAAAUAUAAUUGUCCAGAGUGUAUCAUUAUAAUUUAAAUUUAAGAAAAUAAAAACAAAUUUUGAUUCCAAAAAAA